CAUUGGAGUCUAUUCAACUGUAAGAGCUAUUAUCUACCUAAUGACAUCGUUCGAAAUAAUAUCAUAUCUGUUAGUUACAUAAGAUUGAACAAGACGAGAUGUAUUGUUAUGGUAAGCUGGACUGACACUGCGCUACAUUUGUGACGUAGGAUUGACGACAGUACCGAAUCAGCACGUCAUGGUGAAGCGAAACAUAUAAAGACACCAACAAAAUAGUAUCGAUGACCACAAAAUGGGGAUCUAUGACGGCUUGUAAAUACCUAGUAAUGCUCAUAGAGGGUAAACUAGUCUUCUCUACGAGACUGGCUGGUAUCAUUUAGAAAGGCCAGUCGACCAGGCGUGAUAUAUCGUGAUUUGCAAAUACUCCUAUAAAAAACUGUUUAUAUUCAAAUGCAGGCUUCCUUACACAUGUUUGGCGGUGUGCUCUCCCGAACCUCUCCGGUCCGUCCCGUCGUGUAUCGUUUGAGCCACUCUCUGAUCUAUUCACUGAGAACCAGUUCGAGUUUGGCAACAUUUUCGACGUGGGCUGCUCGACAAGCUACGUCGAGACAGGGGAUACUGUUAGAGGGUAUGAAGGCCAUCAAGGUAUGUCUUCAUGGCUUAUGGAUGGCUGCAUAAUGCCUAUCUCCUUCAAUACUAGGAAUAGAGAACUCUGGAGGCCAUUCAGUUUGGACCAAGUUCCUGAUCUGACGGGAAAGGUUGCCGUCAUUACAGGCGGGAGCGAAGGUAUUGGCUAUGGUUGUACUUAUACACUACUGAAGCACAACGUUGCUAAAGUUUAUAUCCUUUCCAUAUCCGAAGAUGUUGUAGAGGGCGCUGAGGAAGCCAUCGCAAAGGAUCUGGGCCAAGAGGUAGCAGAUAGAACCAAGUGGAUGCAGUGCGACUUAUCAGAUUGGGAGAGAGUAAAAGAGAUGGCCGAAGAGAUCACGAAGGACAGCGACAGACUGGAUAUUCUGAUAAACAACGCAGGACGGGGGAUUAUGACCUAUCAGCUCACAGACUAUGGCGUCGAUAGACACAUGGCCGUUAAUCAUAUUGGCCAUGUGAUCCUCACAUCUCGCUUACUUCCACUAAUGAAGCAGACCGCAGAGAAAGGUAAUAUUGUUCGCAUAUCCAACCAGGCGAGCAACAUGCACCAAUCAACGCCCAGCGACACAGAAUUUGAGAGCCUAGAAGAGUUGAACCGCGACCUCGGUCCUAAUGCACAAUACGGACGUAGCAAACUUGCGGCUAUCCUAUACGCUAGAUAUUUUGCUCGGAAGGUGACGAACGCGGGUCAUCCCAACAUACUCAUGAAUGCGACCCAUCCGGGAUUCGUGAGUACAAAGAUGAGCAAGGAAGACAUCUUUGAACCUUUCCCCCUGGGCGGGUACGCGAUGGCUGUCGGCCUCGAGCCUUUUAAAAAGGAUCAAUUCCAAGGAGCCGUAUCAACCAUGUUUGCGGCGACAUACACAGGGGAGUCGGGCCAAUAUAUUUGUCCGCCAGCUGUGCCGGAGCCGGGAAGUAAGUUGGCGCAGGACGAUGCACUCGCGGAUAGGUUAAUGGAAUUGACCUGGAAAGUCGUCAUGGAUAAAAUGAAGAGCCAGGUUGUUGAACGGGAUUGUCCUCUUGAUGACCUAGGUAGCCAGAUAAUCUAUAUCACACAACCAUAAAAUAUUUCCAUGCUGCCUUGUCGAAUAGUGCAGGUGCUGAACUGGAUCAUAUGGAGGAUGUUAAGGUGCACACGAGUGAAGAGUGAAAAUUCCACGUUCCCCGAAAAUGGAGGUCAAUACUUCUUACAGGUACCUGGAGCCCGUGGUAAUGCAGGUACGUACUGUUUGGUUCGCAAAAAAGGAAAGCGGUCAGAUUAUUUUAGGGAAGCCACCGAUACUGCC